AUGUUGAGUGUUUCAAAAGCAACUUUUUCUCUUGAUGAAGUCUUCAAAAUUUUAGAUGAUGAUAAGGAGAAAGAUAAAAUAGGCAAGAUCUGCCAAACAAUUCAUGGCCAAUUAUUAGAUCCUCAAGAUAUAGUUAAAUUAUUUGAGAAUUCCAAAGAAAAAUUGGAUAAUAACCAGCUCAUGCAAAUUUUCAAGAACGUACAAAUUGGUUCUAAAUACGAAUUCAAGAGUUUAAUUGAUCUGAUUAAUACAUUUCGUAACGUUCUUGAUUUACCUGUUUUUGAUUAUUUUCGCAACUUCUUUUCCAUCCUUUUAUCAGACUUAGAUGAAACAUCCGAUGCUGUUAAGCAUUGUAAGCAUCAAAUAGCAAAAUUAAGAAAUCAGAUUCAAUCUAAAGAAGAAGAACUCAAAAAACUAAGUAGAACUAUCGCAAUGCAAUCUAAACAGAUCGAAGAACAGAGAAAAUGUGCAUUACGUGUUGCUCAAUUAGAAAAAGAGAUUUUAGCAAUUCGUGACGGCACGGAAGCACCAAUACUUCAAGAUAUCAAAUUCUUUGUUCUGAGCUCGCUUAAUAUAAAUAAAAACCCAACAAAAUAUUUCAAAUUAUUCGAAGAUUAUACAUUGUACCCGAAUUUGAUUCCAAAAGCUAUUAAGGAAAACCUAAUUACAUACCAGGACAACGACGUGCCGUACAGCCUCUUACUUGAAGCAAUUCGUCAAGGAGAUGCCAAAUUAACCAGAGAAUUAAUCUCCAACGGCGCAAGUCUCGAUGUCAAGGACUACAUGGGCAGUACUCCGCUCCACGUCGCAAUCAACAGCGGAAAUAUGGAGGUUUGCCAAAUUAUUUUAUCAAAAUACAAGAAGAUUGACAUAAAUGCUCAAGAUAAUUUCGGAAACACACCCCUCCACCUGGCUUCCAUGUACGGAAUAGCUCCAAUCAUUGACACUCUCUGUAACUGUCCAAAAAUCAAAUUAGACAUCAAAAACUCACAAGGAAAGACUCCUUUGGAUUGCGUUUCGUUGGAUGAUGGCGGAUUAUGUCAGGCAAUUCUCAUUGCGUUUGGAGACUAA